AUGAAGGAAAUGGUGCAGGAACUUGAGUCAUCUCUACGGUGGAAAAGAUGUGGAAAUUUGACCAAUGAUGUCAGCUCAUAUAUAAUCUCCAAAAAGCACUUGAAUAAGAUGACCAGCAAUUGCUACAAAGAGUUGAAAAAUGCAGACAAGAAAUCCAACUUGGUAGUGUUAAAUAGAGAUUCUGAAGAUGUCCCUUUGGUUAUCUUGAUCAAAGAGGUUCAACUUGUUAGCCUUCCCGUAAUGGAGUCCAUUCUAUCUUUCCUAUCUGGAUCAAAGGCAGGGUCAAAACCAAGAGCUUGGUCCUUGGUAUCCAAGUUACUACAGCAUAGGAGAGCACCAUGCAGAGAAGAUACUGAUAUUUCAGUGAUGGAGCAAAUAGAAAUCCAGUUGGAUCUCUUGAACAACAAGAAGUCAAACAAGGAAGUAAUCAGAAAGGUUGAGGAAGUACACUCAAGCAUUGAAGAAUUAACAGAGGUGCUUGAAAUUGUGUUCAGGCUUUUGCUGAAAUCUAGAGUUUCCCUUCUCAACAUUGUCAACCACUAG